UGCUGUUGCUGUGUGCAGGGACAAAAUGGCGAACCAGGUGCUAAAGGAGAAAGAGGCGCCCCUGGAGAGAAAGGUGAAGGAGGCCCUCCUGGAGCCGCAGGACCCCCUGGAGGUUCUGGACCCGCUGGUCCUCCUGGUCCUCAGGGUGUCAAGGGUGAACGCGGCAGUCCUGGUGGUCCUGGUGCUGCUGGCUUUCCUGGUGGGCGUGGUCUUCCUGGUCCCCCUGGCAACAAUGGUAACCCAGGCCCCCCAGGGCCAAGUGGAGCUCCUGGCAAGGAUGGCCCUCCAGGACCUGCUGGGAACAGUGGUUCUCCUGGCAACCCUGGAAUAGCGGGACCAAAAGGUGAUGCUGGCCAACCUGGAGAGAAGGGACCACCUGGUGCUCAGGGACCUCCGGGAUCCCCAGGCCCACUUGGACUUGCAGGACUUACUGGAGCAAGAGGUCUUGCUGGACCACCAGGCAUGCCAGGUCCUAGGGGUAGCCCUGGGCCUCAAGGUAUCAAGGGUGAAAGUGGAAAACCGGGAGCCAGUGGCCAUAACGGGGAACGUGGUCCUCCUGGACCCCAAGGUCUUCCUGGUCAACCUGGUACAGCUGGUGAACCUGGGAGAGAUGGAAACCCAGGAUCAGAUGGUCAACCAGGACGAGAUGGAUCCCCUGGUGGCAAGGGUGAUCGUGGUGAAAAUGGUUCUCCUGGUGCCCCAGGGGCUCCUGGUCAUCCAGGGCCACCUGGUCCUGUCGGUCCAGCUGGGAAGAGUGGUGACCGAGGAGAAGCGGGCCCCGCUGGUCCUUCUGGUGCUCCGGGUCCCGCUGGAGCUCGGGGUGCUCCUGGUCCCCAAGGUCCACGAGGUGACAAAGGUGAAACUGGUGAGCGUGGCUCCAAUGGCAUCAAAGGACACCGAGGAUUCCCAGGCAAUCCAGGUCCCCCAGGUUCCCCUGGUGCUGCCGGUCACCAGGGUGCAGUUGGUAGUCCCGGACCUGCCGGUCCCAGAGGACCAGUUGGACCACAUGGGCCUCCUGGAAAAGAUGGUACAAGCGGACAUCCGGGUCCCAUUGGGCCGCCAGGACCUCGAGGCAACAGAGGUGAAAGAGGAUCUGAGGGCUCACCAGGCCACCCUGGGCAACCAGGGCCCCCUGGACCUCCUGGUGCACCUGGUCCUUGCUGUGGUGGAGGAGGUGUUGCCUCCCUUGGAGGCGGUGAAAAGUCUGCUGGAUUUGCACCCUACUAUGGCGAUGAACCAAUGGAUUUCAAGAUCAACACCGAGGAGAUUAUGUCUUCCCUCAAGUCUGUUAAUGGACAAAUAGAAAGUCUUAUUAGUCCCGAUGGUUCUCGUAAAAACCCAGCGCGGAACUGCAGAGACUUGAAAUUUUGCCAUCCUGAACUCAAGAGCGGUACGUCUGAGUCUUUAUCACUCAUGGCUGUAGACUGUAUGAGAAUUUGACCAAGAAAGUUUUUC